GAUCAGCAGCAAUAGAGACACAAAAUACAAGACAUUCAGUGUUUCUGUCAGUGAAUCUGGUCAAUCUGCAGGACUGCUGACUAUUGCUGUUACUGUUGCUGUUGCUCUUGUUUUUGGUGUUUUUAGUGUGAUUGUGUAUCGCCGCAUUAAUUAUGAAAGUCAGAAACGAAAGGUUAAAGAGAAGAUGGUGCCUAAGGGAGAUUCUGUCACUCUAGAGACUGAUGUCACUGAACCUCAGUCUGAUGAUGUCAUCGAGUGGAUCUUUAGAGAUGAAGUGAUAGCCACAUUCAAUAAGAACAACAGUGAUGAAGAGAGAUUCAUAGACAGACUGAAGAUGGAUAAUCAGACUGGAUCUCUCAUCAUCACAAACAUCAGAACAGAAGACGCUGGACUGUAUAAAGUAAAGAUCAGCAGCAGCAGUCGACUGAAAUCAUUCCUUCAGUUCAUCACCGGUGAAGGACCAUCAUACCGUCAAUUCAAUGUUAUUGUCACAGAUACAGUUGGUAAAGUGGAAAAUAAUUCUGUGACUCUGAACACUGAUGUUACUGAACUAAAGUCAGAUGAUGUGAUCCAGUGGCGGUUUGGAGAAACUCUCAUAGCUGAAAUCAAUAGAAAGAUCAACAAGAUCUCUAUACAUGAUGAUGAGAUAUUCAGAGACAGACUGAAGCUGAAUGAUAAGACUGGAGAUCUCACCAUCAGAGAUCUCAACACUGAACACACUGGACACUAUAAACUGAAGAUCAUCAACAGUAGAGGAACAUCAUUCACUCAGACUGAAGUUAAUGUCAUGGAGGGACUCAGAUCAGUAAAGUUGGCAGAUUCUGUUUCUCUAGGCAUUGAUGUUGCUGGCAUACAGAAUGAUGAUGUGAUUCAGUGGAGAUUAGGAGAUGAAGAAACUCCCAUAGCUGAAAUCACUGUAGGGACUGAACCCUCAUAUGAUAAGAGAUUCAGAGAGAGACUGAAGCUGAACCCUGAGACUGGAGAUCUCACCAUCUCAAACAUCACAUCUGAACUCUCUGGAGUUUAUAGAGCAAAGAUCAGCAGCAGUAGAGGAACAACAUACAGAACAUACAGGGUUAACAUCUCUGUUUAUGUGUUUCUCUUAUGA